CAUAACAUGAUUGUUACAAUUCCUAUCAAAUCCAUUUGGCAUAUUUGACUUUUUGUUAGCUGAUGCAAUAUCAUUACAAGAUACGCUUCUAAACGUUAAAGGAUCUCCCAAUUUUUCUGCAUCUGCCAACAUUGUUGGACUUUCAGGCAAAGCAUCAGACAAGCAACCUUUCUGAAAUGAGUUAUCAAUGCUUCUUAUUUGUUCAUAAUAUCUAUGAUUUCAUUUUAAUAACUUGUGUUCAAACAUACCCUGUUCACAGGUUGAAUUUCUGCUUGUAAUGCAUUAAGUACAAUAUGAAACAAUUCAUGAGCAUCUUGAUAACCUGGUGCAAAACUCCAUAAAUUACCAAGAGAUGAAAUUAUUUCAAUUGGUGUUACAUCACCAUACAAGUCUUCUGCGUAUCCAUUAAUUUCUAACAAGAAACAGCAGAUACUGUUGUUUUAGCCACUCAAUAAAAAUUGGACAUGCAGCCAAAGCUUGUAAAAGAGAAUUUAAAAAACAAGUAUAUCCCAGAUUGUUGAUUCCAAUGACUUUUCCUGGAAAAAUAUUUAUAAUAUUAUAAAACAUUUUUCAUUAGCAAAUACACAAAAUACUUUACACUUUGAACAAAAGAUUAUUUUAUAAAUUGUGUAAAUUGCAGACUAUCAAUGAUAUACCUUUUUUUCUAGGUUUGGGAGAAGGUCCCCAUAAAACAAAUGCAGCAACGGCUAUUGCGAAUCCUAGGCUAGCAAAUACAGCAAUUUUUUCCACAUCCAUGUUUCUUGAAUAUUCGUAGGAGUGUUUUUCUUGUACAAACUAACCUACAUGUUGAUUCGGCUGGCAAAUCUAGUUGUUUCGAAUGCACGCAUAAUUCGUCGCUAAUAACUAAUAAUUUCGUAACAUACAGGAUUAGUUUUUCAUGUUCCGUUGUAAAUUAAUAACUUAAAAACAGAAUUCUAAUAUACGAUUCAGUCAUGCCUGGUUAGUUCAGUAAAGAACGUAGUAAAAUUAAAGCAUCUCUUAUUUGGAAUGUAAAUUUUCAAGUUCCAAUGAUUCAAUAACGAAGCAAACAAUUUUCUGGUUAAAAAGUACUUUAAUUACACAAGGAGAAACGAGAUGUAUUCGUACGUGCGAAUUCUUGCGUCCGAACACUCGUUCAGUGUCGUAAAUACAUGUACUAGUGCGUAGAUUCUCAUAUAGGUUAUACCGACAUUCGUAACGAAAAAUUCCAUUAAUAUUUCUGUGAACGCAGUGAUACGUGUAAGACGAAAAAUUAAGGUGACCGUGGGGGACUCGAAAAUGUUCCCACGUUCCCGCUUCGCAAGUGUGUGUUGCGCGUGCGUGUGAAAUUCCUACAAUAAGCGAGAAAAUGAACGCCCAAGGACAGGAACACGGUCAUGCUGUGGUUGUGUGGGAGUGGGAAAAUCGUCACGGACGUUGGAGGCCUUACAGUCCCGCAGUAUCUCAACACCUAGAAAGAGCACAUUGCAAAAAACUCACACGGGUCUUCCUCAAUGAUGCAGACCCAAAUUUGGAUAGGUAUUACAUAAAUUUGAAAACAAAAAUGCAAUGUAGUGAAGAUGGAAAUGAGACACAUAAUGUCAGACGAAAGUUUUAUCUUCCAAGUUCACCAGCUGGGAAAGGAGCUAAAUGGGAGUGGGCUGGUGAUUCAGAUGAUUGGCAUACAUAUGAUAUGGAAGUGCAAUGUCUCGUAGAAGAAGCAUGGGCAAGGGUGAAUAUAAAACUAGCUUCUAGAGCAGGCACGUCUCAUUGGAGCCCACAUACGAAUAAGAGCAUUUUUGUAGCUCACGAGCAGAGUCAAGUAUAUACAGGCGACAAGACUAUUGACAUCUCUAAAACUUACUUGGGCUUCCCUUAUAUUAUAAACUUUUGCAAUUUAACUCAAGUACGUUGUUGUACUGGAUAUGUGAGGCCAAUAAGACGUAUUCAGCAAGCACCUUACCCCUUAGUAAAAGUUGCCCUAGAAGAGCUACAGGUUAUUUCAGGCAAGAAAUCCAUGUGUGUAACUAUAAAAAGUACUACACCAAAAGUAACACAUAAGAAAUCAUCUACAGGAAAUUCGAAAAAGAGCAAUAAAAAGGGCAAAAAUGGUGAGACUGGUCCAUCGAACAUAGCACGUGUUAUACUAAGCAAUUUCAACAUAUUUAGUAACAGACAUAGCAUUGAAAAUAGUACUUCGGUUACAACCAUUGAAUCUGGUCAAAAAAGGAAAACAUGGGACAAUGUACUUGAUGUGGAUUCUAGCAGUACGAAAAGUGGGCGAAGACCUAGUGUUGACACAGUCUCCACAUAUUUGAGUCAUGAAAACCCAGUAGAUCUGUUAGAUAGUAGUGUAGGAAGUGAUGAUGCAUUUAAAGAUUCUAUUCUAGAUGCAGAAUCAGAUGUUAUUUCUCAAUAUGUGAAAGUUGUAGAGAGCAAUGAUUCUGAUUCUUGUCCAGUAUGUCUUGGCAUUCCCGAACCGCUAACUGUAGAGUUGACUCGUUGCAAACACAGAUUACAUUUAGCAUGUUUAAAUGCAAUGCUCAACUGCCAGCAACCACCUAUGUAUAUACAAUGUCCUGUAUGCAGAUUAAUUUAUGGAGAGAAAAGGGGAAACCAACCCCCUGGUACUAUGAAUUGGACGAGAAUACCACGUGCUUUACCUGGAUUCCCAAAUAUAAACACAAUACAAAUAACUUACGACAUUCCUUCAGGAAUUCAAGGAAGAGAGCAUCCCAAUCCUGGACAGGCUUACUACGCUGUAGGUUUUCCACGAGUAUGUUAUCUUCCAGACAAUAAUCUAGGUCGAAGAGUUUUAAGACUACUGCAAAUAGCUUUUGAACGGAAAUUGAUAUUCACAAUUGGACGAUCAGUCACUACUGGACGAGAAGAUGUAGUAACAUGGAAUGAAAUUCACCACAAGACUGAAUUAGGACCAUCGACAUCUGGCCAUGGUUAUCCUGACACAAGUUACCUUGAGAGGACUUUAGCUGAAUUAGCAGCACAAGGAGUAACAGAUGGAUAACCAACGGCUACACUAUAUCAAGAGUUACAUUAAACAACACUUUGUUUAUUUAGUGGUAUCAAUAUUACAUGUACAUAGAUUACUGCCACAGUUUUUUUAAUAAUUAAUAAUAAUAAUAAAGUAAAGAAAUAAUUAUCUUUGAUAUAAUUAAAAUUUUAUAUUACUAAUUAAAUCAUAGACGUUUGAAAGAUAUAUUUUGGGAAUAAUGUCCCUCUUUUCUAAUGAACAACAUAAAAAAAUGAAGGUAUUUUCAAAUUAGUAAUACCUAAAAUUAAAAAUUUUAAUAAUUUAUUUGAACAAUUUGCUUUAAAACGCGAUCUAAGCAAUAAAGUAGUAUCAUAUAUGGGACAUUAGUUUCUACAUGAAAAGAAUAUUUUAAUCGACCAAGUGAAUUGUUUUUCCAAAAAAUCCAUGUUACAUUUUUCAAAUAUUAUGAAAUAUUUAAUGUUAUUGAUUAAAUUUGAGUGUAUUGUUAAAAAUAUAAAAAAUUUAUCUUGAA